AUGUUCGGAGGCGGCGAGCAGCAGCGCCAACAGCAGCGGUCACAGAAUGUUCCCAGUGACAGUGAUCGGUACCAGCAAAUGUGGAGUGGAGCACAAUGCGACCGCUACCUCUGCCCCGGAACUCUUGCUUGUGUACACGUCCCACACCACUGCCCGUGCGCUCACCCUGAUGUCGAAGAGAAGGUCGAACUUGGAGAAGGAAGUGCUGUUUGUGUGUCGAAGGGAGGAUUCAAGGCAGGCGAAGGUGCGCGGAAAAUCGAACUGGCUCGCAAGGGUCUUUUGUGA